AUGGUCGACAACAAGACCUUCCUGUCCAAAUUUCGCAAAAAUCCCACCUCUUUCUCGUCCAUCCCGCUUCUGACCAGGAUCCGCACGAACGACACCUCGAAAUCGGACCAGUCGACCAUUUUCUCUGCGAAUUCGGCAGAGACCGCAGCCACCGAUGUAUCAGUUCCCAAAAGGUUUUUCAGAGUGAGAACCAACUCGUCGACCAGCGAGCUGAUGGUGCCAGUUGUGCCGCCUUCGCCCAAGAAAGAUGCGGAAAAACUGCGUGAGAUCAAAGACAUUGCAUUCGAAGUGACUCCCCGGAAGCCCCAGACGAAAAACGUCCAUCCGCUGGACCAACCCAUACUAGGCAGAAGACACACAGAACCCACAGAAACAAAUACAGGCAACGACAACAUCAACAUUCAGAACGCAGCAGACUUACUAGUAGCUUUCGUGAGGUUUGUCAUUCAAGCGGUGCAAGUGCUGUGGAACCUUGAUCUUUUCAUCAACGUCGCUCUUACAAAAGACACCACAACUCGCGUGCACGUGCCGUCUCUGGUCGUUGGGCUGCUGGUGGUGUACGUGCUCUGCUCCUCGUCUAGCCCACCGUACUAUCCACAGGCCGUGCAACCCUCAGCAACGCCACGAUGGUGGCAGUUUUUUUUCUUUGUGGCGGUGCUGGCCGUAGCGGUGGUGAAACUAGGCCAAACACAGGAGCCCGAGGUGAAACGCGCUGCACCAACGGAAAACGCCGCCUUUGCAGCACAUGAGGAGGACGAGGAUGACCUCACAAGAAGCGAAAGUUUCCGGUACGAAGGGUUCGUCCGGCGAGCGGCACGCUACGAGUAACGACUUACAGCAUAUUCAUAUAAUUCUCAUUUACCUUUAUU